AGGAGAUGACAUCACCAUCGAGGGUUCGCAGGUGCCAGUGAGGUUUUGGCACAUGGGGCCGAUUCACUCCAAGAGUGACUCGGUGAUCCUGCUGCCUGAGAGCAAGGUUUGCUACACCGGUGAUUUGCUUUUCAUCAACAUCGCGCCUGUAAUGUGGAGCGGGCCUGCUGUGACGUGGGUAAAGGCGCUGGACGACUUGGUGGAGGCCACUGGUGAGGACUGGCUUUUCGUUCCGGGCCACGGGCCAGUCACGGACUUGCGGGGUGUGCGCCGGGUCCGUGAAUUCUUCAGCUACCUGCAUGAGGCAGUGAGCCGGUGUCGGGAUCUGGCAGACCCGGAGGCUGACGAGCCAUGCGCUCUGCAAGUCUUUAAUGGGAUGCCGAAAGACCUCAAGGAGAGUUUUCAUGAGCCUUACCGCAUCAUGAUCGGCGCCGUGAUUGAAAGAGCGGCUCGACGUGCCGGCGGUCCUGCAAAAGUGGACAUCAAGUUCAAGUUGCAGUGGAUCGGCAAGAUGAGCGGCCGCCUGAGAAUGGGCCUGCCAGGACUGGACUGGCGGACUGGGGCAUUCUGUUUCUUAAGGCGAGCACGAGCUGAGACAGAGCUUGGGGAGCGGCACAAGUCCCACCCAAGCCGAGCUGUGAGCCUGACUGCUCUCAGCCGGAUGUGACGC